AUGGAAGAUAGGGCUAUUAGUCAUCAACCCUCUCCUCGCUUAGAAACACUUGCGCUAGUCCACAACGGGAAGUGCGAUUCGUUGGAAAAGCGACUGCGGGCAAAUCUCAAGAUUUCUCUUCCUUUUUUUCGACGACGACAUCAACGAAGAACAAUCACCCAACGAGUAGCUUCGGGACGCCGUAACAUCAGCCAAGGUACGUUUGCCCUCGACACUGGCGUCACAGACAUCGAUGCUGAGUCCUCUCUGCUGGGUUUAAUUGAGCUAACCUGUGUUCAUGUUCAUCAGAUGGUCGCCGCAAAGAAGCAUGUCCCGAUUGUGAAGAAGCACAAGAAGCGCUUCAACAGACAUCAGUCUGAUACCUAUAUGCGUGUUGACCCCUCAUGGCGCAAACCAAAGGGUAUUGACAACCGUGUCCGCCGACGCUUUUCCGGCCAGGCUGCUAUGCCAAAAAUUGGAUACGGCAGCAACAAGAAGACCCGCCAUAUGAUCCCAUCAGGGCACAAAGUCUUCCUUGUCCAGAACCCUAAGGAUGUUGAGCUAUUGUUGAUGCACAACCGCACAUACGCUGCUGAGAUCGGUCACGCUGUUUCUUCCGCCAAGCGAGUCGAUAUCAUUGCUAAGGCCAAGGCUCUCGGUGUCAAGGUCACGAACGCUAAGGGCAGACUAACGACCGAAUCGUAA